GACAUUUUCACUACUACAGACUGUAGGUACACUGCAUUCAUCUGAAGACUAAAGCCUUAAGUUUUAAUGAUGAUAACCACAAAUCUGCUGAUCAAGUCAUUGACCUGUUUAUACCUCACAAUAUUUCUCAUGACAAGUCAGACUCUGGCCUUUCUGUCUUUGUCGCCAAAAUCCAAGACACAUCAGGACAUAACCCGUAAUGCAAUUUUACAGACAACAGUCGAUGUCUGCAGAUCACGAGCACUCCAGGAUGGAAAACAUUUAGUUUUGCCAGGCGCACUGACAGUAGCGUCAGUGGCAAAAGCUUGUUCCUCUUCUGAUUCAGCCAAAGAUUUUCAAAGCAGCAUCAAUGAUAUAAAUCAAUACAAUGCUUUGGUCGAUGUUGAGUAUCCCUUCAUUGGACGUUACCAUUUCAACAACGAGGAGUUUUGGCCAGGACAGGAUCUUAUUACUGCAGGAGUUUCUGCUGUUAAAAACCAUGCAAAACAGCAGAACUAUCAAGCUGCCAGAGCGAUGCUUGGUAAAACUUUACACACUUUGCAGGAUUUCUACAGCCAUAGUGACUGGAUUGAACUGGGAAAUAGAAAAUCUUACACCAACCUGAUUAAACCAGAUACCCUAAUUAGCAACAUAGCAGAUUCAGAAACAUGCAGGAGUUGUUAUGGAGAUGGCUGCUCAGGAAACAUCUUGGAGGCGGUCAUUACACAGCAGAAAUUAACAUCAGGAUACUUUGGCCCAUCCAAACCAAAUGGAAAGUGCAGUCAUGGAGGAGAAGCUGAUCUAUCAAGUUGGGGGCAAGGUGGCAUAAAUAAGGAUACCCCAACCUCCAGCCAUGGUCACCUACAUGAAGAAGCAGCAUUGGUAGCCACUAAUGCUACCAUAGAACUACUGGAUGACAUUAGAGCAGCACUUGGAGAUUCUGAUUUUCUUCGACUGUUGGGACUAGGCAAGACGUCAGCACUGUGUUUUGUUAUAGACACCACUAGCAGCAUGUCUGAUGACAUUGCCAAGCUCAGAAAAGUGACUUCAGCUAUCAUUAAUAGUAAAAAAGGCACUGCAGUUCAACCAUUGCAAUACAUCCUGGUGACAUUUAAUGACCAAGAUUAUGGCCCACUUACAAGAACAAUGGAUCCUAAGGUGUUUCAAGACGAAAUCAAUGCACUUAUACCUGAUGGUGGAGGAGAUGAUCCUGAAAUGUGUCUCUCAGGACUCCAGCUCGCCCUCACUGGAUCUCCAGUGCAGACUGAGAUUUUUGUUUUCACAGAUGCUGAUGCAAAAGAUAAACAGUUGAAACAUGAUGUGCAAGCACUGAUUGAGACAAAAAAAUCUGUAGUUACCUUCAUACUAACUAGAUCCACUAGUUCUCCAAGUGCCACGCCCUUAUAUAGCCAACAGCAAGUUUCUCCUCAGCUUGUCGAUAUACAGCUCUACCAGGACCUGGCUCAGGCCUCUGGGGGCUAUGUAAUUGAAGUCACCAACAUGAACCAAGCUUCUAACACCAAUGAGGCUACCUCCAACUCUACAAUGGUGACUCUAUUUCAGACUGUAAGAAACCCAGCAAAAUAUGAAACCUUCCCAGUCUUUGUGGAUUUUUCUGUGCAAAACCUGAUAAUUUACAUCAUAGGCAACUCUACAGAUUACACCAUCACUAGUCCCACAGGAGUCUCAAAGAACUCCCCCAUACUGCAAAGCACUGAGACUUCAUGGCCUAUUCAGGGUUUUGAUAACCUUGACAUUGUGCAGCCAAAUGAAUUAGAGCAGGCUGGACUCUGGCACUUCAGUAUUAACUCAACACAGCCCUACACCAUCAAAGUUGUCGGUCAAAGUGAGAUUGACUUCCUUUACAACUUUGUACAACUUUUCCAAGGGCUUCAUUCAAGCUAUGCUGUAUUAAACAGCAGACCUAUAGCAAACUCCAAUAUCAGCCUGUUGCUGUCCAUGGUCGGUGGGGACAAUUUGAGACCUACAAAGGUGUCUGUGGUCAAUGCAACAAGUUCAAACUAUUUUCCAGGGAAACUAGUCAAGAUAGGUAGUGGGCAAUACUUGGUGAACUUCAGCAGCAUCCCAACAGGAGAGUUUACUAUUCGUGUGGAUGGAGAGGCCAGCUUCUUAUCAAAUGUCAUCUUGAAAUUUCAGAGACAGUCAUCAACUCGGUUCCAAACAUCAAAAGUGAUUAUUACUGCUCCACCUUCUGAAAGAAUUGAACCAGGAAAACAAGUCACUCUUCCUUUCAGAGUGGCAACCGACGGCUCUGGAGGAAGAUUUAAUAUCAGAGUCAGCAAUGAUCACAAUUUUGACACUAGCUUUAACACAUCCAUAACUCUCGAGAGUGGGGGCAGUGCCAAUGGCACAGUAACUCUGACUGCUCCUACAAAUGCUUCCUCUGGAACUGAAGUCAGUGUGACAAUCCAGGCUGAAGCAGCUGAUGGAAGCGACUUCAACUACGUUGUGUUGCGUCUUGCUGUUGAUGCUCCGGCCAAAGAUUUCAUCCCUCCAAUGUGUACAAUAGUUAGCAUAAAUGCUGACUGUCCAGGCGACUGCAGAAACUCCUCAUGGGACCUCACUGCCGAAGUGACUGGUGGAUUUGGAUCAAAUAUUCCAAGUGUGAGAGUCCUCCAGGGAAAUGGCAAACUCAUCAUCACCAGCAUCCUCAAUGACACGGGCAUUGUCACUACAGUAGUCUACACCUCAUCUUGCUGUUUCCCAGAGUUGGAACUAGUUGCUAUAGAUGAAGUGGGAAAUGUCGUCACCUGCUUCAAAUCUCCGAGCGCUAUAGCUGCAUCUAGAAUCCUCACUUCUGGUGUGGAAUUUUUCUUGGUUUUGCCAUUUAAGCCUUUAAGCCUUUGGCUUAAUAUGGGAGUCUCACUUUAUCAAUUCAUGCAGCUCUAAGAAAGAAAAAAAAAACUGAAUUCAUCUGAUUUUGGUCAAUAUCUGCAUAUUUAAGACUGCAUAUUACACAUUACUCAUGUAUUAUACAGUAUGAGGAGAAAAUGUAUAAAUGAAAUACCCAAACAUCAAUCUUCAAUAGCUAUUUUGUCUAAUAAUCACUAUAAAUCAGCAUGUUCUGUAUGUAACUAGAAGGAAAUCCUACUUGCUUCAUAUACUCAUUAACGUAAAACUAAACUCUGCUCAGAAUUUAAACUGUGAAUGUAAUACUGUUUAAUAAAUGUAUGAUAUAUUUAUAAUUAUAUAUUUACAAAUAUUAUUUAAUAAAUACUUUUUUUAAACUAA